AUGAUUUUGAAAUUUUUACCGUUAAAAAUUCUAAGAACGGCCUUGACAAAGAGUGGCGAAGAGAAGGUGAAGAUCAUCUCGAAAAAUUAUUUAGUUUUGGAGGAUAUUGACCAUGUUCAAGUUUCAAACACUUUUACGUUUGUAAUGGAACUUCAAUUGGAUGUUAGACGUCAGACAGUAGAAGAAAAUUUUUCGUUCAAUUAA